GCCGUGAACCCCAACUUUGUGCCGCGCAACUGGGUGCUCGACGAGAUCAUCCGUCGCGUCGAGAAGGACGGGGAGCGGGACGUGCUGCGGCGCGCCAUGCACAUGGCGCUGCACCCGUUUGAGGAUGCCUGGCACGGCGAGACAGUCGAGGGCACGGUCUACGAGGGCGACCAGGAGGAGGAGGCGCGGUGGGUGGGGGAUGUGCCGAAGCUGGAGAGGGCCAUGCAGUGCAGCUGCAGCUCGUAG